UGACAAAUGACAGACGAGUGACGACAGUUCUUCCACAAUAAUCAACAGACACGUAAAGCACGUGAAAAUUAUUUUGGAUACAUAGUUUUUUACAUUAUUGUAUUCUGAGAAAUUUCUGCUAACUAUUGUGUAAUAUUAGUAUAUUAAUUUUGAGUAAUAGAAUUUUUCUAAGACCCGAAAAUGUCGUCGUGGAAGAAAGCCGCUAAAGCUAACCAAAAAACUCACAGAGAAAGGCAUCAGCCAGCUGAACGAAAACAUUUGGGCUUACUUGAAAAAAAGAAAGACUACAAGAAACGUGCCGAUGAUUACCAUAGAAAAGGUGAAACUCUUAAAGUCAUCCGCAAAAGAGCGCUUGAUAAAAAUCCCGAUGAAUUUUAUUUUCACAUGAUAAAUUCUAGAGUGAAGGAUGGAGUUCACCAUGAGGUAAAAAAAGAAAAGGAACAUUCUGUGGAGCAAAUCAAAUUGAUGCAGACACAAGACAUAAAGUACAUUAACAUGAAGCGCACUAUAGAGGGCCGCAGGAUCCAAAGGUUGCAGUCAGAGCUCCACAUGACAGAUGUAGCAGACGCAACUCCAAACACGCACACAUUCUUUGUAGAUGAAGGAGAGGAGAAAGAGUUUGACAUAGCAAAACGGUUGGACACACAUCCUUCACUCAUCAAUAGGAAGUCCAACCGACCUAGGUUGUCAGAAUUAGAUAAGUUGAAGUUGCCAGAAAUUGAUGAAGAAACUCUUCUCGCUGCAAAGAAAGCCAAAGAAAACACAUAUAAGGAGCUGUCAAAGAGGAUAGAAAGAGAAAAGCUUUUAAUGGUAACACAACAGAAGAUGGAGUUAAAGAGACAACUGCAUGAUGCCAAGAUCAUGAAACCUAAGAAAGUACAGAGAGGCACUCCAGUAUCAGCACCUGUAUACAAGUUCCAAUAUUUUAGAAAGAAAUAAAAUGUGUUUUGUUUUA